CUGGAAGAAUGACUUUGUGCUUGUGAAUUGCAAACAGCUGGAUCUGCUUCACAAAUUCACCUGCCUGCUCAAGACUGAAACUAAUCCUUUGGAUACUUCACCCAUGACUCUCAUGAACAAUGCAGGGAAAUAAGAAACACACAGAAGGACACAGUGAUUCCUCAAGUAUUGGGAGUCUCCUGGAUGAUGCAGACAGAGAGGUGAGCAGCCUCACAGAUCGAGCUUUCAAAAGUUUGUGUGUAGCAGAACUCGAAGACCCUUACAAUGAAGCAGAGCUUUCCAUUUCACCUGACUUCGCCCUCCAGUUAUCUGCUAAAAUUCACUCAGGGACGUUGAACCAUGACAUCAAGAAAAGCAAUGUCUGUGACAAGCUAACAGCAAGAAAUAACGAACAUACAAUAUGGGCUUCCACAUUCCAGCAGUUACCUAAGUGUGCUUUGGAGGAGAAAAGGAUUGCUAAAAACACCUUUGCUAUGGAAAAGAAAUUGAAUUUGCCAGUCCCUGGUCCAAGGAACAAUAAGCAUGUUUCAAAAGUGUCCUCAUUGAUUAAGACAUUUGAUAAGACUGCAGACGAAGGGUCAGGAAGUUCUCUGAUAGCAAAUAAGCAGCCCAUUAAGAAUAGCUUUCAAAAAUACAAAAUAAAUCAUGGCAAUGAUAAUGCUUCCUGGGAUGAUACAGACAUUUUAAGCAUCCACAAGGAACUUUCUGAAUUUUCUGAGGCUAGUCAAGGUAGCCACUAUCUCAGUGGCAAACAUGAGUCGCAGAGAAGACCUAAUAAAAUUGACCUGAGCUAUGGGGACUCUGAUGGUUAUCCUGUGCUGAUUGAGAUGUCAAAAGUAGCCAAGUCAAAUUUUUCCCAUUCUUCUAAGAAGGCUUUAAAAAACAGAAACUUGAAAAUUAAUGAGCCAGCAAAAAAAGGUAGUUUUCUUCACAGUGAGAAUAGUGCUUUUGAAUCAUGGAAUGUUCAUCAUAAAAAAAUGACAGAAAAGGAGGAAUUUGUUGACACAAAAAUGAAAAAAGAAGGUCUUGCAUACCUGGAAGAAUCACCAUUUGUUAAAGGAUCCCAUACACAUGAACAUAAAUUGUCAGCUGUCAUGACCACUGCUGCUAAGAAGACAGAGAAAGAUUUUCAGCCAACCCUACAAGAAGCUUCUUUCUGUCUCCGAGUUGUACCUCAGGGUGCCCUCCCUUCAGAAACCAAUUUUCCUGCUGCUUUCCCUCCCACACCUCCCCCUAGGAACCACCUACCCCAGGGUCCCCCUCGGCCACCCCCUGCCCCACCUGCACUUCCUCCGCCACCCCCGUCCCUGCCUGGCCGUCCCUCAACACCCCCUACCCCUGAAGCCCCUCCUGUGCCCCCACCCCCAGUGCCAGCUCGGCUGUCCCCCACUGCCUUGUCCCAAGCCUCUGUGUCACCCCAGUCUGUGUCCUACAGGAUGGUUUCACCCUCACUCAGGUUUGAGACACCCAGUCCGCCUCCACCAAAACCCUCAGCUGAGCAGGAAUCCCUCAGCCCCCCGCUGGGCAAUGCCUGUCCACCCUGGAGGAGACAGAGAAGGGCGGCAGGGAAGAGACAGGCUGCAAAGGAGAGGGUCACAGGCAGCCACAAGACCUCACUGUCUGAAAAGGCGACUGGUGCUGACCCUGGUCUGCAUGUGGCUCCUCUGGCUAAACAGGCAAACUCCCCUGCGCCCAGCAGCCCUUCUUUCAACAUCACCCAACUCCUCACUCCUGUCAUACCACCAAAACAGGAGGUGGGCACUGCUGAAAGUGAGCUGAUCCCGCUGACACCUCCUCCCACAGAGAGCACAGCCUCAAGAGACCAUGAGGACAGCACUUCAGAUGAUUACAGGUCUUGGGAUAAUUACAGGCUGACAGCAUCAAGUCUGUUAUUUAACCUAAAGGAUGUGCGCAAACGUGUUAAAAGCAUUUAUACCCCUUCUCCCCUGCUAAGGGCCUUGGAGGAGAAAAAUAAAACAAGGGAAAAUAUUCAGGAGAGUACAAAAACGAAUACCUCAUUCUCAAGUUUGCAUGACAAAAACGAUAAAAAUAUUACAGAGAAAGAUGAAUUGAGUGAUAUAGCUUAUGUAUUGCCUAGCAGUGUUCAUGACAAGGACAGUAAAACUGAUUUAACUGGACACCUCACAGGAAACUACCUGGCUUUGAGUUCACCCCAGACAACAGAAGACCUUCCAUUUUACCAAACUGGAGACAGCAUGCAGCAAGACAAUUCAGAACACCAAGAUCUGGUUAAAAACACAGGGGAUAAUGAAAAUUUCCCCUCUCUCAGACAUGAAUCAAAUGAACCUGAUUUAGGAAAACAUCAGCAGUAUCCAGCACAGAGACCAUUCAGUAGAGACAAUGUAGACACAAAAGCUGGGCAGCCCAUUCAAAAUCACAGUGUGCAGGGUGAGGAAAAUGAAAGUCAAGCAGCUAUUCAGAAUGAAAAUUUUGCCUUCAAAACACUCCUAAGCCAACUCUCACCAGAAGAAGAUGAGCCUUACAGUGACACCCAAACCAGCAUUGUGGUACCUGGCCAUGAAGCACGAGGCAAAAGAAGCACUAGUUCUUCAGAGCAAUCCUUUGUCUCCACAAUGGAGCAGCCACUUCAGGAAGAGCCAUUUCUGCCAGGGCCCCUGAUGGAGCAGACGUGCCUCCAAGAAAGCCAGAGGACUGACAGUGAAAUGGGUUCAGGAAGUAAGAAAAGACACAAGGAGAGAGGGAAAGAGGUUGGGGAAGAUGAACUGCAAUACUGUGCUUGUAUCAGCCCUGCUACUAGUGCAGCAGAGAAGAGGGAGGGAAGUGUUACUGGGAAUGAACAGAGGAGCUUGAAAGAGAAACUAGGGAGAGAGAAAAGGGAAGAGGCCAACAGCACAAAUUCUGCGUCUGAUGGUAUAAGAGACAUGUCCAUCCCCAGGUCUGAGGAGCCACAAACAACAUCAUCAACCAAACCCAGUCUGUUUAUGAUUAAAGAUAACACAUUCAGGUCACCUCAGGUCAUCAGGACUGUCAAGCUGCCCCUGCUCCGGUCAUUUUCCCUGGAUGAUACAGUGAGCAGCAGUUACAAGGAAAUGGAACGUAAGUUCAUGUCCCCAGCAGUUCACAGCAAGCAGCACCGGAACAUGCUGCAUGCCCAGGAGGUUGGCUGGUGGGCAUCAAGACACAGAGGGCAGCAGAACGUGAGAGAUGGAGCAACUGACAGAGAAAAAGAAGCCAGUGAGGCUGAAUCUACUUCAGUAACACUGGAUCCCAGUCUUCUGGAAGAUACAGAGAGCUUUUCAUUUGGAAAAUUGACGGAAGAAGAUGAAAAGACUUGUAUGUUGUUAAAUAAAUUUGGGAAAAUGAAUGAGGAAAGUGUCUGUAGAAGUAAAAAGAAGCCUACAAAGGCAAGACAGAGCUUAGCAGAGCCAGUUCUAGGUCUGGAAAAUGACCAAGCACAAAACAACCCCAGCUAUCCUGCAGAAAGAAAGACAAAUUACUUUAAGAAUCAUCAUUUAUCUAACCGCAAAGGGGGCUCAUGUACAAAAAAAAUAAUAUCUCGGGAGGCAAUUUCCCCUGUGGCUGGCUCCAUAUUAGAGGACCAUACGUGUUCUUCUGUAUCCAAUGACACUUUAGAGGACAUCCUGCAUACAGAAGGUGCACCAGUUUUGUUAGACAAUCUUUCAUGCUCUGCUGUUGCAAGCCCCAGGUCAGGAAGAGCAAUGCAUUCUCUUGCUGCCAGUUCAUUGUCAGAUAAACCAACCAUUUCUGGCCUUAGAGAGACGGAGAAUGUUUCAAAUCCUGCCUUGUUGAACAUGGCACUGGAGAGGCAAGCUUAUCUGCCUGCAGAAGAGAUAAUCGAUUCAGCACAGAGGAACCUGCUUUCUGAUGCCACAGGGAAAGAUGUGAGACUGGAGCCUAGGGGACUUGGUGGCAGACCAGCUGGCAAGCCACCCACUGUGCCACCUAAAACAGAAAAGGCUCUGCGCCGUGCUAAAAAGCUGGCAAACAAGAGGAAAAAAGUGCAGGAGCAGCAGAAAAGCCAUCAGACUGAGCAUACAGAUGCUGUAGGGGGAAAGCCUACUCAUUCUGGAGAGACAACAGUAUCUGCUACACCCUUAGGAUAUCCUCCCCUUCCCUCAACUUUUACUCCCACAGAAACCACAACUGGGAAAUCUAGACUUGCACCAGCAGCAAACUCUUCAUCCUCUUCAACCCAGCGGAAACUGCUCCAAGACCCUGACUCUGGUCAAUACUAUGUAGUUGAUUUACCAGCUGAAGUUAAUUUAAAGACAUUUUAUGAUCCAGAAACUGGUAAAUAUGUUCAAGUCUCAAUCCCUUCCUUGGAACAGAACUUACACCAGCCCACCUCUUCAGAAAUUAAGAAUUCUCCCUAUGCCUCCUACCCUAGAGUGCUGCCUUUACCAGCCUCAUCAGUAGCAGUGCUGAAAUCACCUUCCCAGCUCUCUGAACCUGCCUGGUCAGGCCCUGCUGGACCAGAGCCAGCUGAGCUACCUGAAGAUGGCCAGCAGGACUACAGAUACACUGAGUCUGUGGAUACUCAGCCCUACACUGAACCAGCCUCCUACUCCUACCACCAAGAUGCUGGAGAAACUCAAGUUCACUUAGGAAAGGAUGUGAGCCCAACCCGAAAUACUGGCAUUGUCACCCUCACCAAUUUAGAUGAUUUUGCUGCUGAAGGAGUAUCUUGAAAACUGACGUAACAAAACAUGCCAGCUAGUGUUUUUAAGAACUGUUUGGACAGACACAAGCACACGAAAGCACAUGCAGAUUUGAUAUUUGUACAACACUUUGUCUGAAUCUCAUUGUGGUUUGGGUGGGAAAGGAAACAAAAGCUGUUCAUGUUGAAAGAUGCAAGGUAAUGACCACUCUGAAGAAAAGAGAAACUGAGUAAGCACCAAAUUACUAGUGAGAUGAAGGAGCAAUGCCAGCUAGACAAAUACAUUUGGCAAUGUGAAGCCACUGCUUGCUGCUGCUGCUGCUUUUAAGAAGGCUGGGAUAGCCAAAGCAAGUGUCCAAUUGCCCAGAUGUGUUGCAUGAUACAUAACACAAAAUAAAACCUAUGAGACCAUCCUAUGCAUCCUAUGAGACCUAGAACUGAUGCUGCAUCUACUGAACUUUCCUCACUCACUGCCUUUGAACUAUAUUGACAGGUAGAAAGUAUGUGGCUAUAAAUAUGCCAUAUAUGCAAGACCCAUUUUUUGCACAAGUUGAUUGCCCUGAUGUCAUUGACAAGGAGAUUGUAUACUGGAUGCACAAUACAACAGCCAUGUCAAAAAAAACCCUUUUAAACA